CACCAGACCAGACCCGACUCAGCGUCCACUACGAUGAUUCCAUCAUCACCGCGCACGUUAGCAACUAUCAUCAAAGGACACAAUCGUUAUCUUCUCCUAUGAAUCAGCCUUUUUUAAAGUCGCCAAAUGGCAUCUUCUAACCAAGGAUUUAAUUUUGUGCUAGCCUUAGCCCCUUAGUUUUUGAAACUUCAGCAGAAGCCAAAGCGAACCCUCGAGACCUCCGCAGCUGGUGGAAGUAUCAGUGGCCAAGUUUGCCGACACCCACUUGUCCAAUUGAUCGAAGAAAGUAUGGGCGAUGGAAGAGCGGAGGCUCAGUAUGUUACGGCGAAGACCUCGGUUUGGUGGGAUAUAGAGAAUUGCCAGGUGCCCAGGGAAUGCGACCCACAUGCCAUAGCUCAGAACAUAAGCUCUGCUUUGGUGAAGAUGAAUUAUUGUGGACCGGUCUCCAUUUCUGCCUAUGGGGAUACCAAUCGGAUUAACUCAGCUGUCCAGCAGGCUUUGUCCAGUACCGGCAUCGCGCUCAAUCACGUCCCCGCUGGUGUUAAAGAUGCUAGUGACAAGAAAAUUCUUGUGGAUAUGUUGUUCUGGGCUGUGGACAAUCCUGCUCCUACUAAUUAUUUGUUAAUUUCUGGUGAUCGGGACUUUUCCAAUGCACUCCAUCAGCUGCGAAUGAGGAGAUACAAUAUUCUUCUAGCACAGCCGCAAAGAGCAUCAGCUCCCCUCGUUGCAGCUGCUAGGAGUGUAUGGCUUUGGAAAAGUCUUCUCGCUGGAGGACCACCAUUAUCGGAUGGUGAAUUACAACAAGUUGGUAAUACUAGUUUCUCAUCCAGUUUAGGCACUCUACAGAUUCCAGUUUCAGAUGCCAUUCACAUAAAGCAACCGGUGGAUACCUAUCCUGAAAAUUCCAAUAUGGGAAAUCAGAGAACUCCUUACAUAACUAAACAGAAAGGGAAAACCACCUGGAGAAAUUCAAACCAUACAAAUGGAUCAAGAAUAUCAAAUGUGCCUUUUAGGAGCCCAGACGAUCAGCAUAAUUCAAAUUCUUUCCAACCUGUUAUUUCUGUUCCAAAAGGUCCCCUAAAUAUACCUUCUCCAGAUUUUGUUCCUGGAAAUCCUAAUUUUACUUGGAAUGAGCUCACUCAUAUUCAUGGUAACCAUCAAAAUCACUAUCCACAGCCACUAAGACCAAAUGUUGCAGCUAUGCAACUUAAUUUUACAGCAGGUAGUUUGUAUCCACCCAACAUUGAUGCCCAUCCUCUUCCUCUGAUUCCUACUAGGCCCAGUGGCACUACCUUUACCUCAGUACCAAAUACUAAUGUGCCUGAUAUUGGUAAUUUGAAUAUAUCUACAUCUUCAACCAGCUCUCACAACCCUCCAACUGUUCAAAGAAGAAGUGGAGAGCAAAAGCAUGAUCCAAAGAAAAAAGCUCCAAAAUCUCUUAACUCAAACAAUCCACAGAAUGGAUUUAUGCCGCAGAAUAUUGCAUCAGGAUACCAUGAGAGACCGAAUAGAUACCCCGGUUUUCCAGAAUAUCCACUAUCAUCUUCAUCAGCAACAGCAACAACAGCUAUCGAUGUUGCUUCUGAUAAUGUUAAAUUGGGAACACCAGGAUGUCUCAAAGCUCCAACAUAUGUUCAAGGCCUUAUAGGAGUUAUUUUACUUGCCUUGAACACCCUUAAAAGUGAGAAGUUAAUACCAACUGAAGCAAAUAUAGCUGAUUGCAUUCGAUAUGGAGAUCCUAAACUUCGCAACACUGACAUAAAGAAGGCCCUUGAGAGUGCUGUUGAGCAGCAGAUGGUCGUGAAGCAAAACUUAGGGGUUGUGCAGUUGUAUGUUGGUAAGAAUGAGAAACUUUGGAAAUGUGUGAAUCCUAUAGGUGGUAAUCCUAAUUCGUAUCCCAAAGCAACGUGGGACGAAAUUCAGAAAUAUCUAGCAUCUCCCACUGGACAAUCUGCAAUUCUCUCUUCUCAGUGCAGGUAUGAAGCUGCUACUAUUUUAAAGAGCAUGUGCUUGAAAGAACUUGCCUUGGGUAAUAUACUUCAGAUCUUAAACAUGGUAAUAGCCAUAAAGAAAUGGAUUGUACACCAUCCCUCCGGGUGGCAACCACUUACCAUUACUCUUGCAGAGACCAACACUGAUUUAGAGUCUGAUAAUAAGGAAAAGGAAUGGUAUUCUUCCUCAGAAUCAGAUAGUUGGUGCUAAUGGUAUAAGUUGAUUUCUGGUGACAGAAUGAGUGUGUAAGAAUAGGUAUUUUGAUUUCUUACUCCUGGGAAAGGUCGUAAAUUUUUUUCUAUGGGACAUCCUUGAAUGGGAACGUUAUGCCUUACAAUUUUCAGUGUGCACAACCAAUUCACUGGCCUUUUCCCUUUUGGAAACCCUUCAAUAUUAGGUACUGCAACAGUGAGCUUAAUGCGAUUUUGGUUCUGUGGGAAGGUGUAGAUGCACAAAUUCCCAAGUCCCAAAAUGUAGCUGGGGAAAUAAGCUGCUUGCUUGGCCCAACUGUGUUUUGGAGCCUAGGUAUUUGUGCCGCAUGCUAAAUGGGGCCUUGGAAUAGUUUCACUGGGGUUUGCUUAUAUUAGAACAGAAUUUUUGCAUGCUUUCACUUCAAGCCAUUCCAACCACUGGAAAAGUUUUUCUCAAUUUGGAUUUUGAGCUAGUUAUUUGACCACCAACUAGUCUUUGUAUGUAUUGUACAAAGAGGGAUUACUCCCCACCUUUUUUUUUUCUUACCUCAAGCCAGCAAUGGAAUUAGUGCACAAAAUGUAUUGAACCUGUACGUGAUGGAAAGUCUGACUGAGAUUGGUUAUAUGCUUAAAGUUGAGGCUGGAAAUAUAACUACAUGUUUGAAACAAAAGAUACAGGUUAUUGAUGGAAAAAGCAUCAAGCUAUGACAAGUUAAUUGCAGAAAUUUUGUAUAGUUGGGAACUUUUGCCGGAAGAUUAUAUGUCGCCAACCACGAUGAUGAUGCGAAACGAGAAUGAGAAAACUGAACUGCAAAUGAUGGUUUGCUCUUGGGAGAUAAAUAUAUUUGGUCACUGAGAAGGUGGUGUUCUUGUAACAAAAUUUUAUUAUGGGUUAAGCCUCUAUUGUAUGAGCCAAGCAUGUGAGUUAAGGAGUAAAUUGUCUGGCUGCUACACUGCUAGUUGUGUAUCCUUCUUCUAUUGUGUACUGUUUUAUUCCAGAAAUAGUUUGUCUUUCUCUUUUC